UGGCCUACAGCGCUCGAUUCUGUCUCUGAUUGGCCGCAGAAAUGACGGAAGUAAAUAGCUCUCUGCAGUAGUCGGAAAUGCUUCGAUGAAUUACGGUAACGUGGAGUUUAAAAACAAUAAAAAAUAGAUACUGAGGAGUCACAGUACGAGCUCGGACAUGAGAAGAGUCACGCUUUUUGUAAAUGGAACCUCGUACAAUGGCAAGGUGGUGGCAGUUUAUGGAACUCUAGCUGAUCUGCUGUCAGUUGCAAGCACAAAAUUUGGAAUAAAAGCUGCCAACAUAUACAAUGGGAAAGGAGGUCUUAUUGAUGAUAUAGCUCUUAUCAGGGAUGAUGAUGUCUUGUAUAUAUCGGAAGGAGAUUCUUUUGUUGAUCCACCAAAUAACCUAGAGAGUCCGCAUGAGUUUCAUUCCUGGGCACACACAGAUUGGAUCACCCUCAAUGUGGGAGGCCGACGGUUCACAACCACACGGAGCACUUUGGUCAAAGAAGCGGAGAGCAUGUUGGCUCACAUGUUCAGAGACAAGGAUGUUUGGGGAAACAAACAGGACGAGCAAGGGGCGUAUCUCAUUGAUCGGAGUCCAGAUUACUUUGAGCCCAUAUUAAAUUACCUGAGACAUGGCCAGCUCAUUAUCAAUGAUGGCAUCAAUCUGCUGGGUGUGCUUGAAGAAGCUCGUUUUUUUGGAAUCGAGCGUCUUGCUGAGCAGCUUGAAGGUGUUAUUAAGAGAUUGUCCCGUUUCAGAAUUCCUCAGCCUCCCGACGAUCACUCGCCCAUCUCCCGCAAAGAGUUUGUGCGUUUCUUACUUGCCACUCCGACUAAAUCAGAACUUAGAUGUCAGGGCCUGAAUUUCAGUGGGGCGGAUCUCUCUCGUCUUGAUCUGCGCUACAUCAACUUCAAGAUGGCCAACCUCAGCCGCUGUAACCUCACACACGCCAACCUCUGUGGCACCAACCUGGAGAGAGCUGACCUGUCCAGCGCCAAUCUAGAUGGUGCCAAUUUACAGGGCGUCAAAAUGCUUUGCACCAAUGCAGAAGGGGCCUCUCUCAAAGGCUGUAAUUUUGAAGAUCCCGCAGGACUCAAAGCAAAUCUAGAGGGAGCCAAUCUAAAGGGGGUGGACAUGGAGGGCAGUCAGAUGACGGGCAUAAAUCUCCGCGUGGCCACUCUGAAGAACGCCAAACUCAAGAACUGUAACUUGCGGGGGGCGACUCUGGCUGGAACCGAUCUGGAGAACUGUGAUCUGUCCGGCUGUGACCUUCAGGAGGCGAACCUGCGGGGCUCCAACGUGAAGGGGGCCAUUUUUGAGGAGAUGCUGACACCGCUGCACAUGUCACAGAGCGUCAGAUAGCCUCCUUCAGCGAGACUGCAGCCUCUUCACAGAGCAGCUUUAAAUAAAAACCUACCUGCAAACUGUCUUGUGACUUUGUGCCUGUUGAUAUUAUGCGUUCAUCAGCUGUCUGCUGUUGCCUCAGAUCUUUGCAUUAUUAUGGAUGGUGUUCGCUACUUUUCUCAAUGCACGAUUUUCUGCAUACAUUGUAUAUUUGUGCCAAGCUUGUACAUGUGUCACUGCUGGUCUGUGAACCAAAUGUCUGUUUUUGCAUCUGAUUCCGAUUUAGGAAUGUGGCUGUUCUGCGAAUGUGCAAUUUUAUACCUUUUCAUACGUGCCGAUUUUACACUUGUUUCACUGUUACGUGGCUUUUCAGGACUGUGCUGCAUGCAGCGAGGAAAACAUCUGCUGAAACCUGCUAGUUUAAUGUCACCAGCCCAAUAAGAUCCAAUAAAGUCAAACACUGGAGACUCAAAGGA